AUGAAUUCGUUAACAAUCUCGUCAACGACGCCCUUACGGGUAGCAGCGCGACCUCAGUCCCUUUUCUGCUUGGCCGCACGCUCCUACUCGGGCGUUACCCCCACCACCUUCUAUGGCUCAUUCCGAGUGAACAGACGCUCCUCACCGGUCGCCUACAGCUCGAAAAGACUUAUCUCGUCGACUCCCCAAAACCAAAUAAAAGAAUACUUCCCACCGCCGCAGACACCAGGCGUGAAAGAAGUGCAAUCGGCAUGGGUACAUCCAGUGUACACCGAGUCACAGAUGCGAACCAUUCAGAUCGCUCAUCGGGAUGCAACAAAUUGGUCCGACUGGGUGGCCUUGGGCACCGUCCGUAUCUUCCGGUGGGGCAUGGACUUUGUGACAGGGUACAAGCAUCCCGAGCCCGGCCAGGAGCUAGACGCCAAGUUUAAGAUGACCGAGAAGAAAUGGCUGGCUCGGUUCAUCUUCCUGGAGAGUGUGGCGGGUGUACCCGGCAUGGUCGGUGGAAUGCUGCGACACCUGCGCAGUCUUCGACGAAUGAAGCGUGACAAUGGAUGGAUUGAAACGCUGCUGGAGGAGGCAUUCAAUGAACGCAUGCAUCUCUUGACCUUCCUGAAGCUCGCCGAGCCCGGUUGGUUCAUGCGUUUUAUGGUCCUCGGAGCGCAAGGCGUGUUUUUCAACGGCUUCUUCCUAUCCUACUUGAUCUCUCCCCGUAUCUGCCACCGAUUCGUUGGGUAUCUGGAAGAGGAGGCGGUCAUCACCUACACCCGCGCCAUCCAAGAGCUGGAGGACGGCAAGCUUCCCGAGUGGAAUACUCUCGAGGCCCCUGAAAUUGCCGUCCAGUACUGGCAGAUGCCAGAGGACAAGCGCACGAUGAAGGACUUGCUAAUGUACAUCCGCGCCGACGAGGCCAAGCAUCGUGAGGUCAACCAUACCCUCGGCAACCUGGUCCAGGCAACCGAUCCCAACCCCUACCAGACCCAGUACCAGGACCCAACCAAGGAACACCCCAGCAAGGGGAUGGAAAACCUGAAGGGCGAAGGAUGGGAGCGAAAAGACAUUUUUUGA